AUGAGCCGAGACAGUCAGACCUCGGCGAUGACCACUCAACAACUGCUCGUCGUCUGCGGGCUGGCCUUGCUCACUAGGUUUUUUACGAACCUGGAGGCGAUACCGGGCAUGUCCACUCUGUCCAUGGCCUGCUGCUGCGUAUUGGCAGAGGCCGUGGGGCCCUUGUGGCUCUUCCUGCUAAGCCUCGUGGGCGUGGGCAUCAUGCAAGGCCUCUCAACGUGGGGCUACCUGCAGGCCGAUGCCUUGCUGAUUUGCGUCCUCUUGCAGAUACCGCUCAGCAUCGCCUACUUGACACAUCGAAGGCUUGUGAAGCUGCACCCAGAGAGCGCGGUUGUCACACUGGCCUUUCCUUGCAUCAACACCGCUUUGUGGAUUCUAUCCUUCUUCUUCCUUCCCAUCGGCUCCAUCGCGAGCCCGGCCUACGACCUGGCGGGCCAGGCUCUUAUCCUGACACAAUGUGCCGCGUGGUUUGGACGCAGCGGUGUCACCUUCGUCCUCAGCUGGCUGGCGGCGGCCGGUGCCCACCGAUUUACCCACCCAUCUGCAGUGCGGGGCUGGAGGGCAUCACUUUUAACUUUGUUCUCCCUUUGCCUCGCAGGGGGUGUCCGCUACUAUGCGCCCACGACGUUCAUGGGCAUGCAGUUCGAACCGCCGGGAGGAGAGCCGCAAGAUUAUUAUCGGGUCAGCUGCAUCAGCAUGAUGCGAGACAUGUACGGCGAGACCCAAAAGCGCCUCGAGGCCGGUGAUACCAUCGUAAUGCACAGCGAAGUGAGCACACCCGCCAGUGGCGGGUCUCCUGUUCCGAAGUACCAGGACCUUCUCCAGAAGCAUUAUCAAAAGACGCAGAUACAGGCCGUGGUGGUGCUGUGCUAUCGUCAGGACGGCAGGUCGUGGUACAACCUUGUGUCGAAGGAUGGCUCGGCGAUGAGCUACGCCAAGAACCAUCCGGUGCCAGUGAUCGAAGCCGGCCUGAAGCCAGGGGACGCACCGCCUUCGGUGGCCUCUGUGCAAAUCGGUAGUGCCUCGAAGAAUACCACGGUCACGGGAACCAUUUGUUUUGACACGGACUUCCCCUCGGUGACGCGCCCGAUCGGUUCAGCUGAUAUGCUUCUGGAAAGCAGUGCCACCUGGAGUAACAUCGGCCGGCAGCAUCUGCACGGGCACCAGUAUGCGGCGCUAGAGAAUGGUCAGACCCUGGUGAAGUGCACCUACAUGGGCUUCAGUGGAGCUAUCAAUCCUUAUGGCUCCAUAAUCAUUCAGCUUCCUCAGACCAAGAGGAACGUGGUGUACUUCCAGGUGCCACGCUUCCCCAAGGCAGCUGUUUUCCCUUGGAUGUACACGGCUUUCGACAUCUUCAUGGGUAUUUCGGCGUGUGUCUGGCUUGUCUUGGCAUUGUCACCUGAAAUCAGUAGCCGUGUGCUGGGCGAUGGCCAUCUGUAA